AGAUACGAGCGUCAUUUCACGCCCAACGUCUCAUUGGCCCCCUCUUCCGGUCAGAAGUCGUGCACCGAGGAUGAGGAGGAGGAAGUGGACGAGAAGUCGGGGGGCUCGUCGCUGUCCACCUCUGUGGGCGUGUGCAACAACAUCGUGUCGGAACCCUCCCUGUCGCGCAAAGCCUCCCACACCAGCUCCAAGUUUGAGGGCGAGCGGCGCGGGGACACCAUGGAGUACGAUCUGCCCACAGACACGGACGACUCGAGCAUGGCAUCGCCCACUGACAGAGAUAGACCGAGAGCUGGAGGAGCGAGUGCGCAGUCUGGAGAACCUGUACCGUGACGUGUGCACCGAGAACCACAGUCUGAGGCGGGAGCUGGCCGCGCUGGGCGAGAAAGCGGGGCCUGUGGUCAAGUACACAGCCACCAUCGCGGCGGCCACGCCCAGGUCACGCCUCCGCAUGGCGCUGGACUCUGGCGGAGAUUCUCACUUUGAUUUUGACGCGACGGAUGGGGGCAGAGGGGAGAAGGAGCCCGGAGAGAUCGAGGUGAAGAGGGAGCGCGACAUCACCGUGGAUUAAAUUUGGGGGAAUUUUUCUUUUUUGUAAAUCGGCGGCUGUUUGAUGCGAGGGAAGUCAAGUCGUUGGGCGCUCUUUUCUUGUUUUUUCCUCGUCUUCGGCUUCGGUUUCUUCCAGCCAGCUUGUUGCCACCAGGAGAUGGAGGAAAACACUAGUAGCCCUGUCCUCUUCCUGGGAUAGACAGAUGGACGGACAGGAGAUCUACUACUUUUACUACGCAGUUUGGGUCAAGUGUUGUUGUUGCUGUUGUUGUCGUUGUGAUGGGGUUUUUUGUUGGCCUUUGAGAAUGAGGCUGGUGCAGGCUGGUGUACAGGGAGGAGACUGACCUUUGUGCCAUGUGAUGUCAUGUCAUGUGACCUCAUGUCAUGUGAUGCUCCACUCGCUGGCUGGCUGGCCCGCAGACACGACCCCCCCACCCCCCCGUGCUUCUUCCCCGAGUGUGCUGAGAUGCUCCGAGGUUUCUCUGAGAUUCCGUACCACUUUGCUGUCACAGUACACAGCCAGCAGUACAAAAUUCCCCAUCUGGUUACCCAGCCAGGAGAGCGACUGCAACGUUGUUCUUGGGCCUGGUGCAGAACAGAGGCGCAGAACUGCACCCGGUGGCCGGAACGGAUAAAUUUUCAAGUCAAGUGACGGCAAAAUGUUCAGUGUGCUCGGAGGAUCUCUGUACUGUGUCGUGAUGAGAUUCUUGGAGUUGUCUCUGUACUGUGUGGGCUCCGAGAUUCUCUGGUGGUCUCUCUGUACCAGCAUGUGAUCUGAGAUUCUCUGUACUGUGUGCUGAAGUUCUCCCGAGUGUGCGGCGAGAUUGUCUCCUGUGCCACCACGACGUGACGUCUGGACCAGCGAAGGCGGCUAGGGUGCUGGACGACGUCCGGUGCUGUCUGCCCGUCUGGCCGGAGUGGUGGGCUAUGAGCUGGCCCCAGCUGUACCGUGUGACUCGAUCAGUGUUCAUAGACUCUAGUGACCCGUCGGAGGAUUUGGGGUUGUUGGUUUUUGUUUUUUUUCAACUUGUGACUUUUUGUUUGUGAAGCUCUCGGAGUUGUCGACUCUCAUCAGUGUGGACUGAGCCAGUGUAUUCGACGGCGACGCUGAUGAUGAUGAUGACUCCACCCUUCUAUUAUAGUUUGGGCCUCCGGUAUUGUUG